UGAGGCAGAGCCCCAAAGCCAAGUGGCGCGGAGACCGGCACGGACACCAUGUCCCCCCUGCUGCUCAUCCUGGUCGCGCUGGCCGGGCGCUGCCAUGGGUCCUGGUACACGCGCGCCACCGCGGCGCCGCCCAGCCUCGUCCAGGAGGUCCCGGACACCCUCAACGCGGACGGCGACAUCGACCCCGGCGCACCGCUGUUCCUCACGCCCCUCAUCGAGAGCGGCAACGUGACGGGGGCCCAGCGCGCCGCCCAGGUCAAGCCAUUCGCCGGCAACGUCCAGAGCUAUGCCGGCUUCCUUACCGUCAACAAGGCCCUGGACUCGAACAUGUUCUUCUGGUACUUCCCCGCCGAGAACCAAGCCCCGGACGCCCCCGUGGUGCUGUGGCUGCAGGGCGGACCAGGCGCCAGCUCGCUGUACGGCCUCUUCUCCGAGAACGGGCCCUACGAGAGCCAGAACGGCAAGGUGACGCUGCGGAAGUACUCGUGGAGCAAGCAGUACAACCUGCUGUACAUCGACAACCCCGUCGGCUCGGGAUACAGCUUCACCGGUAGCGACGAAGGGUACACCCGCAACCAGACCCAGGUGGGCCGCGACCUGUACUCCGCGGUGGUCCAGUUCUACCGGAUGUUCCCCAAGCUGCAAGGCAGGGCCUUCUUCAUCACGGGGGAGUCGUACGCCGGCAAGUACGUGCCCGCCCUGGGCUACGCCAUCCACACCAACAACCCCAAGGCCGCGGCGUCGGACCGCAUCAACCUGCAGGGCCUGUUCAUUGGCAACGGCUUCACCGACCCCGAGAACAUGAUGAAGUACAGCGACCUGACGUUCCAACUCGGCCUGGUGGACGCCGCCGGCAGCGCGGCGCUCAAGGCCAGCGAGGACCGCAUCGUGGCGCUAAUCCAGCAGCGCCGCUGGCUCGACGCCUUCAUGGAGAAUGACCGCAUGAUGGGCGGCGACCUCAUCUCCUACCCGACGCUGUUCAAGAACCUGACGGGCUUCGACUUCUACUUCAACUUCCUGUACACCAAGGACCCCGACCGCAGCGACGGCACGCAGCUGGUGCAGUCGGCCUGGGCGCGGCGCGCGCUGCACGUGGGCAACUCGACGUGGGACCACAGCGAGGUCGUGGAGGGCCACCUGCGCGAGGACAUGCUGCAGUCCGUGGCGCCCUGGCUGGCCGAGCUGCUGGAGCACUAUCGCGUCAUGGUGUACAACGGGCAGCUGGACAUCAUCGUGGCCUACGCCCUCACCGACAACUACCUCUCCAAGCUCAAGUGGUCCGGGGCGGAGGAGUUCCGGCGCGCCCCCAGGAAGAAGUGGGUGUCCAAGGGGGAGCUCGCGGGCUACGUCAAGCAGGCCGGCAAGCUGAGCCAGGUGCUGGUGCGUGACGCGGGGCACAUGGUGCCCGCCGACCAGCCGCGAUGGGCCAUGGACCUGCUCAACAGGUUCAUCGCCAACAAACCCUUCUAGACCUGGGAAUUCCCUCGCUAUCCCCGCUGGCCUCGGGCUGGCCAGCCUCUGGCUUGUCCACGCAAACUUGAAAAUAUACAUGCCUCAGGAACAUCAGUUGCAUCAGCCGAUUAAAAAUGUUCCCCACGAUAAUGUUCUAGUACUACUCGCUUUCCCGCUAAUAAAAUAAUAUCAGUAACUAUUUUAACAUUCAA